AUGCAGCCCUCCACGAAUGCCAUAAACCUCCAUCGGCUGGUAACCCGGUCUAUUCGUCCAGGUUUGUGUUGGCGACCUGCGGUGACCUGGAGGUCGAAUUGUUCAGCUGCUUUGUCAACUUCUCAAACAACUCUAAGGACAAAAGACUUUGAUAAGGUUUCUGAUGUAAUCAUUGUCGGGUCGGGUGCUGGUGGCCUCACUGCUGCCCUCCGCGCCAAAUUUCGGGGUUUGGAACCACUGAUUGUCGAAAAGACGCCUAAAAUCGGUGGAACUAGUGUGUACUCUGGAGGUGUGCUCUGGAUACCAAAUAAUCAUGUCUCGACAGCAGCAGGUCUAGAGGAUAGUGCAGAGAAGGCCCUCACGUAUCUAGAAGCCCUUACGCCGUCGAACACGCGCUCAAGCACAAGAGAGAGGAAACUGGCAUACAUCAACGAGGGUCCAAAAAUGGUGAAGUUCUUAGAAGAGAUUGGCUUCAAGUGGCACGCUUCUCGGGGAUAUUCUGACUACCACUGCCUAGAGCCCGGGUCUACACCCUUUGGCCGAGGCGUCGAAGGACAGGUUUUCAACCUCAAAAAGCUCGGAGACUGGCGACAACUCAUGAGGCUUCCGGAAGAGCCAACUCCAGCUAUUCACACUGAACAAGUCCCGCAUCUAUAUCGCAUGGGUUCCUCCUUAAAAGAUUUUAGGAAGGCAAGCUGGUUUAUGGCUACAACCGCUCUCCGAUUCUUAUUUGGGCAGUCGCCGGGGACAUUUGGGAAGUCAUUAAUUGGUCAACUACUAUAUCUUAAUAAGCAACAAGGAACAGAAAUCUGGCGAGGUAGCGGCCUGAUCGAAUUAAUUACUAGCGGGAAUGGUACGGUAAUUGGAGUUCUGGUGGAAAGAGAUGGAAAAAAAGUAAAGCUCGGGGCCAGACACGGAGUCUUACUCUCAGCCGGAGGUUUCGGUAAGAAUUCGGCUAUGCGCGAACAAUUCCAGAAGAAAGGUAGAAAUACUCAGUGGAGCAUUGCUGCACCAGGCGAUCAAGGCGACGCUAUCACAGCCGGGCAGAAAGUCGGCGCAGCCGUCGACAUGAUGGAUCAAGCAUGGUGGAUGCCAGUAAUUAUGAUGGGCGAAACUCCGGUCUUCGACCUGUCAGUGCGUUCGUUUCCUCAUUCCAUUAUCGUUGACGGCAACGGGAUGCGUUAUGUGAACGAAUCGCAAUGCUAUAAUGAUUUUGGGAAUAUCAUGAACAAGCAUAACGAAACCACCUCGGCGGUACCCUCCUGGAUUAUCCUUGAUCAAAAUCAUCGCAACAAAUACAUGCUUGCCCGAUUUCCUCCUCGCCAAACGCCAAAAUGGGCUCUCGAAAACGGAUCUGUCUAUAAAGAUGAUAGUAUCGCUGGACUGGCGAAACAGAUUAAUAUUAACGCUGGCAAUCUAGAGAAGACUAUCAGUCGAUUCAACGGAUUUGCGGUCAAUGGUAUCGAUGAAGAUUUUAAGCGCGGAUUAAACCCAUACGAAAACUUUUACGGCGAUCCAAAACACGGACCGAAUCCUAAUCUAGGCACGAUUUCUAAGCCACCCUUCUAUGCGGUUAGGAUCUAUCCCGGGGAUUUAGGAACGAAAGGUGGCCUCUUAACGGACGAGUCUGCGCGUGUCUUAAAGGAGGAUGGUAAGCCCAUUCUAGGGCUUUAUGCUGCAGGGAAUGUCACUGCUAGUAUCAUGGGAACAAGGUAUGCGGGUCCCGGAGCUACCUUGGGCCCUGCGGUUUUAUUCUCAUAUAUUGCAAUGGACGACAUUGUAGAAAGGCUGCAGAAGGGUGCCGUCUAG